GCUGGAAUGGGUGGAGAUCAUCGAGCCUCGCACGCGGGAGCGGAUGUACGCCAACCUGCUGACGGGCGAGUGCGUGUGGGACCCUCCGUCGGGGGUGCGCAUCAAGCGCACCAACGAGAACCAGUGGUGGGAGCUCUUCGACCCCAACACCUCCCGCUUCUACUACUACAAUGCCACCACCCAGAGGACCGUCUGGCACCGGCCCCAGAACUGCGACAUCAUCCCCCUGGCCAAGCUGCAGACCCUGAAGCAGAACACGGAGUCGCCGCGGGCGUCCACGGAGAACAGCCCCGGCAGGAGCAGCAACGUCAGCAGGGAGGGGAGCACUGGGUCCUCC